UCCUGUCCUGGCCGGGAAGCCCGGGGCCCGCUUUGUUAUGCUAAUCCACUCUGACAUCACUCGGCCGAUCAAAGCUGCCAGGACUUCUUAUAAGCAGGUUCGUCGACGCUGUUAGGAACCAGAGGCUGCAGGAGAAGGGCCAGGACUAGUGGGCGCGCAGUUUGGGGAGAGAGGCGAAGAGCUCAGGCUAGGAGGAGGCGCAGCUGUGGUGACCCGCACCCCUACACCCACCCCCUCUCCUCCUCCGGCUAGUUCGCGGUUGGUUUCUAGAGUUGGACAGAGCAGUAAUUCCCGCUACCUGAACCAAAGCUUCCUACUGCCCUCUCCCUUCCGCGCCCUGGGAGAUGUCUACACCAUAGGCUGGGAGGCUCGGGCAGCGGUAAAGAGACUUUUUGCCUCUGCCCUUGGAGGGGCGCUGCCGCAGAGGCGGGGGACAGCAGCCUUACUGUCGCGGGGCAGCAGAGCCGCUGGCUAACCCUGGAGAGAAAGGUUUUCUCGCGGACCAAAAAAGAGCUGCUUCAAAGCGGAGUAUCCGAGACGGAGGAAGGACCUCUGGGGAAAGCCUCCCUCUCUCCCUCCGGGGAGGAGUGCUUGACCCCGGGAGUACUCGGGGCCGUGGAAAAUGAAGGCGAAGGUGCAGUUUCUUUGGACCGUUUUCCUGUCUCUGGUUUUGCAGACCGGGCUUGGCUACGCGAUUAAAUGGCUUGCCCUGUCCAAGACACCCUCGGUACUGGCCCUGAACCAGACUCAGCACUGCAAACAGCUGGAAGGACUGGUGUCCUCCCAGGUCCAGCUCUGCCGGAGCAAUCUGGAGCUGAUGCAAACCAUCGUGCAGGCGGCCAGAGAGGCUAUGAAGACCUGCCGGAAGGCCUUCUCCGACAUGCGGUGGAACUGCUCCUCCAUCGAGCGCGCCCCCAACUACCUGCUGGACUUGGAAAGAGGGACGCGGGAAUCCGCCUUCGUGUACGCCCUCUCUGCCGCUGCCAUCAGCCACACCAUCGCCAGGGCCUGCACCACUGGGGACCUUCCUGGCUGCUCCUGUGGCCCCGUCCCAGGUGAGACACCUGGGCCCGGGUACCGAUGGGGAGGAUGUGCUGACAACCUCAACUACGGUCUCCUCAUGGGGGCCAAAUUUUCAGACGCUCCCAUGAAGGUGAAAAAAACAGGAUCCCAGGCCAAUAAGCUGAUGCACCUUCACAACAGCGAAGUAGGGAGACAGGCCCUGAGAGCAUCCCUAGAGAUGAAGUGUAAAUGUCACGGGGUCUCUGGCUCUUGCUCCAUCAAGACUUGCUGGAAGGGUCUGCAGGAGCUUCGAGAUGUGGCCCAGGACCUCAAGACCAAAUACUUAUCAGCCACCAAAGUGGUGCACCGACCCAUGGGCAACCGGAAACACCUGGUGCCCAAGGACCUGGACAUUCGGCCUGUGCAGGACACAGAGCUUAUCUACCUGCAGAGCUCCCCUGACUUCUGCAUGAAGAACGAGAAAGUGGGAUCCCACGGGACACAGGACAGACAGUGCAACAAGACGUCCAACGGCAGCGACAGCUGUGACCUCAUGUGCUGCGGGCGAGGCUACAACCCUUACAUGGACAAGGUGGUGGAAAGGUGUCACUGUAAAUACCACUGGUGCUGCUAUGUCACCUGCAAGAAGUGUGAGAGGAUCGUGGAACGCUACGUCUGCAAAUGAAGCUGGCGGCUGCCCGCCUGCCCGCCCAGCCCUGGCCCUGGCGCGGCUCAGGGCAGGAGAGGGGCCGGGAGCCAAGCCCUGGCUUCCCUCGGUCCUCGCCCCUCCCCUCAGGCAUCCUGCCAGAUUCCAGACUUCCAGGCUGACAGGUGGGGUGAGGGAGGGAGAAUACACCAAGAAGGACCGGGACCUCGUGGGAAGGAAAGCCAAACAGAACGUUUCUUAAAAAUUGCCAUCAAGGGUCCCUCCCUUCUUUUAUUUUUCCUUUCGUACGUACCUUGAGGAAGAUAACUGCCUGGAAGGGCCCUCAGAACCUUCUAAGUAGCCUUUGCCUACAUGGUAGGAAGCUGGGGUGGGGAGAAAAUAGAGACUCUUAAUACCCAGGGGUCGGGGGUCCACUCUGGCCAUCCAGUUGUCUCCUAAGGGUGAGGGGUUGGGUGGAAUGUCAACGUCAUUGGCCGCAAAGAGUACUAAGAGGCCACAGGGAGAAGGAGGAGGAAGAGGAGGAAGAGGAAAAAGAGGAGAAGGAGGAGGAGGAGAAAACUGACUCGAAAUAAUCCUGGAAGUGGACUGUCAUCCCUCCCAUCCUUGGGAGGGGGAGGAGAAGGGGGAGGCAAGGACAUUCAGGGUCCGGCUGUGGAGGAAACUAAGGACACGGCAACAUGGGGUCACUUUCUGGAGGGAAGCCCAUUCUUUCUUUCAUGGGUGUGUUUGCAGAAGAUGAAGCCUGAAGUUAUCCAAACAAGAACCCGACUGCCUCUCCGUCACUGCUGUUAAGAACAACAGAGGCUGAAGGAUUCAGCUGUGUGCAUGCAAAGGGUGGGGGAAGGGAGGACACAGGGGAAUGCGCCCCGAUUCCAGAAUCCCUCUCCUGCGCAAACGGGAGACUCUGUUUGGAACCGAGAAAUCCUACUUUGUCCAGGCCAUUGAGCAAAUGGACCCUCUUAUGGGAGAUACACAUUUUCCCCUCCUUUGGAAUGCAGAAUAUACAGAAAUAUUUAUAAAAGUAUAGCUCAUGUCAUGGAUUGCUUUCCCUCUAUUCCUCCUUACAUAUAAAUAUAUAAAUAUAUGAAUAUAUGAUCUAUAUAUUUUAAACAGCGGUAUGAAAUAAAUGCUGUGGUGAUAUUGUAAAGCCUUCCAGACCCCAUCAUGCUCCUGUCUCUUGCCUCUUUCUAGGGUUUUUGGUCCUCAGAUUAUAUAUAGAACCUCUAAGAGAUUGCUGGAGGGACAGGGAGGGCUCUUUGGAAGCCUCAAAGGUUGACAUCCUGACACUGGAUUAAAUUGUUGGGCAAAAAGUCUGGAUUUGAGCCUUGGUCCUGCUGCUGCUACUUUAUUACCAUGUUUCUUUGGGCAAGACCCCUGGUCUUUCUGAGCCUCCGGCUUCUUGAGACAGUUGGUUAAACUAGGUGCCCCCAGGUACUUGCCAACUUUAAAUCCUAUGAUCUUUUCUAAUUCAUGUUUAAUAAAAACAUGCAUUUUGCAA